AUGAAAACUGAAUUUGGUCGAAGACAAAAGGAGAAAUAUGAUACAAUAAUGUUCGAUGUGCUAAAAGUUCCACCCGAGGAUAUUGCUAGUCAAAUUACUCUCAUUGAUAUUCCACUCUUCAGAGCAAUCACUUCACAGGAACUAUUAAAGGGAGCAUGGACAAAGAAGAGUAAACAUUUGGAUGCAUCGAAUAUAGUUGCAUUCACUGAUCGAUUCAAUUCAAUUUGUUUAUGGUGUCAGCGAGAAAUUUUAUCACGUGAGAGAACUGUUAAACGUGCAGAGGUUCUUGGACAUUUUAUUAGAAUUGCAAAGCAUUUGUACGAUUUGAAUAAUCUCAAUUCAACAUUUUCCAUUGUGAGUGCUCUGCAGAGUCUUUCUAUUUAUCGCUUGACGAAAACAUGGAAACUUAUUGAUCGAUCAGAACAUGGAAUUCUUAUCAAGUUGCGGUUGUUAUUUGACAGUGAACGUAAUUGGGAACGUUUACGAGAGCAUUUAAAUUCAGCUAAAUUGCCAUGCAUACCUUAUUUAGGUUUGUAUCUUACUGAUCUCAAUUUCAUUGACGCUGCUCAUGGUACUAUAAAGAAAAAUUGUACGGAAUCUGAAAACAUAGACCGGAAGAAAGACGAAAUUUUAGCUCGCAUUUUAUAUUUUCAGAAAUCACUUUAUGAUAAUUUGACAUGCAUGGAAUACUUGCAAAAAUAUCUUUCGUCAUUCAAAAUUCAUGAUGAGCCAGCUAAAUUUACAGAGGAUGAUUUGUUCAGUUCUGUAUAUUUUUUUCGGUUAUCAUUAGCGCGUGAAAGUGAUGUACACCGUACUGCAUCGUCAUCGCCGGCGGUUGGUUUCCUACGCCGUGCAUCAUUGUCGCGAACAUUAUUAGCAAUUAGUCGACUUCGUUCAAAUUUGUCACCCUUUGAGAAAACUGCUCAAUCAUUGACUCCCCAGCUUUCAUCAAGAAGCCGUAGUCGUCAUGCCACCAUUUCUGAUCAUCGAAGAGCUCGCAGCUUAGGCCGAGAGUCGCCGAUGUCAUCGAUCCAUACAUCUGUCAAAAAUGAGACCAUUUCUGCACAUUCGCCACGUCUUAUUGAGCCCUUGUCAUCAUUUGUUCCUUUGAAAACAUCUACCCCUCUGCGGCUUCCACUAAAAUUAUCGCCAACAACUCGUCUCAGUUCAUUUGGUGGUGAAAAUAAUAUAGAUCGAUUGGAUCGAUUGCAUCUUAUUGAUGAUGAUGAUGAUGAUAAUGAUAAUGACUGCAAAAAUUCGGAGUACGAAGGCGAAGCUACUGUCGUUAUUGUCCGCAAAUGGGGCAUCAGGUCACCUAUGAUGAAAUGUAGUCAAAAAUGCUAUCUGGAAUUACGCAGUUCACAUUUACAUCAGUUCCGCCGUCGAAGUGUUAACAUUCGAUGCAAGAGUAAUCGCGAUACUUAUUAUAAAAAAGCAAGUAAGAUAAUGAAAUUAGAAGAAAAUGGAUGGUGUGUCACAUGUUGCAUUAAUUCAACGGAACCGUCUUUCGAGAUGCAUCACUCACCAACUGGUCGAGUAUACCGUUACAUAUGCAAGAACGAAACAGAUGCUACAGAGUGGUAUAAACAUAUUCGAGCAGCAUUACUUAGAACACCAACAAAGCCCACAAGUUUUGAUUGA